UCUAAUUUUGUUUUGGCUGGAUAUUCCAUUUUAUUUUGCUCGAGAGGAGGAAGGAGAAAGGGUUCGCCCGGAGCGGCGAUGGAUCCUUUCGAGAGUUUCUUCCGCCAGGCGGAUGUGGACGGCGACGGCAGGAUCAGCGGGAUGGAAGCUAUCGCCUUCUUCCGGGGCGCCGGAUUGCCGCAGAUCGUCUUGGCCAAGAUCUGGCAGCUCGCGGAUCAAGCGCAGCGAGGGUUCCUCACAAAGCCAGAGUUCUUCCACGCGUUGAAGCUCGUCACUGUCGCGCAGUCUGGGAGAGAAUUAACUCCGGAGAUCUCCAGAGCCGCAUUGCUAGGGCCAGCGUCUACGCAAAUCCCACCUCCAAGAAUAAUUCCAGCUCAAGCGCCAGUGUCCUCGCCUUCGCCACCGCCAGCGUAUAGACCACCUUUGCAAAACCAACGAGUAAGUUAUACUGGGCAGCAGCCGGGCCUCACUCCAGAGCCUCCGGCUCGCCCGUUCCAGCCACCACCUCCAGUUCCAGUUGCUACCACCAGCGCCGCCACUCCAGAUGCUUUCGGUGCUCCAUCGUUCCAGGCAUUCCCGGAAGCUCCAAAGCCUCUGGUCAGCCAAGUUUCCACGUCCUCGAUUCUUGGAGCAACCCCGAGCUCGAGCACGACUCCAACUAGUGUGUCUAGUGCUCCAGCGGCUUCUUCGACUCCAACGUCCUUUGCUGCCGAUGGCUUUGGAGGUGAAUCAUUCAAAGCUUCUCCAUCCCCGCGGCCUGUGCUUCCCGAUGACUUUGGAGGUGAUUCAUUUUCUGCGGAUUCUAGCCAGGCAAUCGUUCCAGUCGCAACACUUGGUCCUAGCCCGACCGUUGGUCUCGGUACGGCCAUUGUUCCAGUUACAGCGCUAGCUCCGACGCCUCCUCCGGUGCAGACUUUCGGCCAACCAGUUGACGUUCCGAGUUCUCCUGCAAGGCCUUAUGCGCCACCGGUUCAAAAUAUCCAUCAUACCUGGCCGAAGAUGACACAAGGAGAUAUCGAACGCUACAGCCAAGCAUUUGCCAGUGUGGACUCUGAUAGAGAUGGGAAAGUUCGUGGGGAUCAAGCGCGGGACGUGUUCUUGAGCUGGGGUCUUCCCAGAGACGUGCUGAAGAAGAUAUGGGAUUUGUCCGACCAAGAUGGAGAUAGUAUGCUGUCUUUAAGAGAAUUCUGUAUUGCAUUAUAUUUUAUGGAGCGCUAUCGAGAAGGUCGACCUCCGCCUUCAGUCUUGCCUGCAGGCUUCUUACCCGAAAAUCCAUCUCCUUCUCCACAGCAGUUUGUCCCUACUCCUGUUAGACCUCCUGUUCUUCCUCCACAACGAUCUUUGGGACCUGGUGUUCCAGUCAUUCCUCAGGAGACAGGUCCAGUGACGCUACCAGGAAGCCAAGGUGCAGGUCUGAUGCCUUUGCAAGCAACUGCAGAUUCUGCUCCACCUGCGCAAACUAUUCAAUAUAAGUCUAGAGCUCCUCCACUGGAACCGGAGCUUGUAACGCAGCUCAAUAGGGACGAUCAGGGGAAUUUGAAGUCAAAAUAUCAGGAGGCGGAAAUUUUGGACAGAAAGGUGUUCGAUCUCGACAAAGACAUAAAACACGCUACCGAAAUGAUCGAUUUUUAUCGAGCGAAAUUGCAAGAAAUAAUACUGUUCAAAACUAGAACUGAUAAUCACCUGCUGGAGAUCACUGAGAGAGUAGCUUCCGACAAGCGUGAGGUUGAGGCGUUGCGCAAAAAAUAUGAUCAAAAGUUCCAGCAAGCUGGUGAAUCCAACUCGCGGCUUUUAGCUGAAGAGGCUGCAUUUCAUGAUAUACAGAGAAGAAAAAUGGAACUUUACACCGCCAUAGCAAAGAUCGACCAAAGCGCAAAGAAGGAGGGGCUUCAGGAGCGUGCAGAAGAAAUAUCUGGCGAUUUGAAUGAGCUAAAGACGUUGCUGAAUCAACGAGCAAAGAAGCUUGGCUUGCGUGCGAGACCUUCCUCUGCUAUGGAGCUGCCAUUUGGAUGGCAGCCAGGUAUUCAAGAAAACGCUGUGGAUUGGGAUGAUUGGGACAAAUUCGACGAUGAAGGCUUUUCUUAUUUUCAACAAGUCGAAGAAACGAAGAAGCCUGCCGAAGAGAAGAAGGUGGCCGAAGAAAAGAAAGCUGCCGACAAGAAAGCGGAAGAUAGUCCUUCAGAAAAUGGUUCUACUGAAACUCUCAAGGAGAACCACGUGGAAGAGAAGAGUCCAGACGCUAACACACUCGAAGAGAAACCGGAAGAGAAUGCUCCGGAAAAACCAGAGGAGAAACCAGUAGAACACGAGCAAGUUCCCCCUGAAAGAAAGAACUCGGUGCCGGACUGGUCGAGCGUGUUUGGCGACGAGCCCGCUUGGAACUUGAGCCAGGACUUCGGGAAGAAUGCUGCUGUGGACGGACAAGUAUCCUCGUCGGGAGGUUUCAUGGGUCUGAGAUCCAUCAAAACUUCCACCUCUGCUGCGACGAGCAUAGCCGGCGAUGCAUCAGUCCCAGAGACGCCGCUCUUCAGCACUCUGUCACCUCCGACGCUGGACGAUCAACGGAGCGUGAGAGGGGGCGAUGAAUCCGUCCCCGAGACACCGCUCUUCAAGUCCCCGGAUCAACAGGGCAGCCGGAGUUCGUUCGCGAGAUUCGACUCGUUCGGCCACCACGGCAGUUUUGACGAUCCGGGCACCUCGUUCGAUGGCACGAACCAGUGGAGCACAUUUUAGGAAAGGUUUUUACCCGCCAUUCAUUCAUGGAAUACAGUGAGCUUUUUUGCGUUUAAAAAAUUUGACUGUUACAAGUGGGCACGAUGGAGGAUUUUAGGGUUCUUCGAGACGAUGGAGGAUUCUCCUCCUCCUCCUCCUCCUCCUCAUUCCCUUGUUGAUUCUUCUUCUCUGGCGAAGGCGAUGGGGGGCUUGGCGCUCAACCUCGCCAGCGUCGCGCGCGGGGAGCUCCAGGGCGCCGGCACCCACGCGGAGCUGAUCGAGAAACUCAAUCUCAAGGUGGGCACCGAGUACGACGACUACGCCGAUUUCGCGUCGGGGCUGCUCGUGUUUGUGGAGCGGCUCAAGCAGCAGAACGAGUCGCUGUGCAGCAACCUCAAGGUCAUCCAGGAGAUCGACGACGAGGUCCGGCACCUGGAAGCCAUCGUCUCCACGCUCGACGGCUACACUGCCACUCUCGAGACCAAAAUUAAAAACGCUUACAACGCUUGAGAGUUACUUGUAGAUCUAUGAUCUAUAUCACCUCCUAUCUCCUCUUUUUUCCGGGCUAAAGGGGACUAUAACAUGUUUAUCUAUCUAUGAAAAUCUUGUGGGUAAUUCUCA